AUGGUCUCUUUUCUCAAACAUCUUCGUAUCGAGAACGAGACUGGUGUUCUCCGUGAUUCUCGUACGCCACCGAUGACACCAAAAAUGCCAAAGACUCCGAAGACUCCAAUGACACCUCGUCCUCCAAACUUUGGAGGUAUGAGCCCGCCGUGUACUCCGUGCUCUCCAUUUGUGCUCAAUGCCACUUCGUUUUGUUUCCGUAAAGGACCAGCACGCUCUGUUGUUUAUCAACCGAAUGGACAUCCUAAGCAGGUGGUCAUUGACGGCGAGAUCUGGCCACCAAUUUUCAAACCAAAGAAUGUACGCACUGCCAAGACAAUGCACUUCUCGGACACUGAUGUCGUGAUCGCGACGUAUCCAAAGUGUGGAACCACGUGGCUUCAACACAUCACUUCUCAGUUGAUCAAGGGACAUGACUACAAGGCUGGAAAGGGAAACGAGCUCUGCGUUCAAUCGCCGAUGAUCGAGCGAAUGGGUGCUGCGUUCGCUAAUGACAUCAAGGGUCCACGUGUCUUGAAGACUCAUUUCCAUCACUACAACAUUCCAAAGUUCACAAACACAAAGUACAUUUAUUGUGUCCGUAACCCAAAGGAUUGUCUCACUUCAUAUUUCCAUCACAACCGUAACUUCAAAAUUUACAACUGGGCCAAUGGAACGUGGGAUGUGUUCGUUGACUUGUUCGCUUCUGGACAACUUGCUUUCGGUGACUACUUCGAGCAUUUGCUCUCAUGGCUUCCAGGGCUCAGAGAUGAGAAUGUGCUCUUCUUGAAGUAUGAGGACAUGUUCCAGGAUUUGGAAACCGCUGUUUUUAAGAUCGGACAGUUCCUCGGAGGCGAGGCUGCCAAACGUGUCGAGGACCCGGAAACUCUACGCGAAAUCGUUGAGAACAGCACGAUCGACGCAAUGAAGAAAGACCAGAAACGUUGGUUCCCAGAGUCUCAACUUCACAAAGUGGAAUUCAUCCGAAAGGGUGGAAGUCGUGAUUGGAAGAACUACUUCACCAGAGAACAAUCGGAUCGUAUCGAUUCUAUCUUUGCCGCCAAGUUUGCAGGAACUCCAGCUGAACACUGGUGGAAAUACGAAAUGGCAUGGGAGGAGAAGCUUCCAUCAAUCGAGAAUCUGUCGGUUGCAGAUGAGGAAGAGGUUGAAACUCAAUCUCAGAAACUAUUCGCAUUGCCACCACUACCACAACGUCGUUUCUCGAGAACAUCCCUCUUGUCAGCUGGUUACGGAAGCGUCUGGUCACUCUCAUCGCAGACUGCAAAUAUGUCUGCCAGCUCAUCAAUCACCAGCAAUUUGGGCAAUUUGGCCAAUUGCCAGGAAUAA